UUCAUUUUUUUUUUUUAUUCCACAGCGACAAAGAAGCACUCAACGUCACCUCAGUUAAGUCCCUCGAUACAGACUCAUAUAUACUCUGAGAUCCAAAUCUCUCUCCUCUCUCUCUCUCUCAGAUCCCUCUGAUUAUACCUUUUCGGAUCUCGGGGAGUUCGAAUUCGAUACCACCGGUGGUUGAUCGGGGACCAUCUUGGGAUUUCGUCCUGGAUCUGAUUGAGCUUUCCCGGAACCUCACCUCCGGACCCAAUCAUGAAUCCCUUCUCUUCCGAAACGCGCCUGAGGGACAUGAUUCGGGCUAUACGUGCCUGCAAAACUGCAGCAGAGGAACGUGCAGUUGUUAGAAAAGAGUGCGCUGCUAUUCGUGCCUCAAUUAAUGAAAAUGAUCCAGAUUAUAGGCACCGUAACAUUGCAAAGCUCAUGUUCAUACACAUGCUUGGCUACCCCACACAUUUUGGUCAAAUGGAAUGCCUGAAGUUGAUUGCAUCUGCUGAAUUUCCUGAGAAGAGAAUUGGGUAUCUUGGCCUCAUGUUGCUUCUUGAUGAAAGACAAGAAGUCCUCAUGUUGGUCACAAACUCACUAAAACAAGAUCUCAAUCAUGCAAAUCAGUAUAUUGUGGGACUUGCUCUUUGCGCUUUGGGAAAUAUUUGUUCAGCAGAGAUGGCCCGUGAUCUUGCACCAGAAGUAGAAAGAUUGCUGCAAUUUCGAGAUCCGAAUACUCGGAAAAAAGCAGCUUUGUGUGCUAUAAGGAUUAUAAAGAAAGUACCAGACCUGGCGGAAAAUUUUAUAAAUCCUGCUGCUGCCUUACUUAAAGAAAAACAUCAUGGAGUUUUAAUAACAGGAGUUCAACUUUGUACAGAUCUAUGUAAAGUUAGUCCAGAAGCCCUUGAACAUUUCAGAAAGAAAUGCACAGAGGGUUUGGUCAGAACUCUAAAGGAUGUUGUGAACAGCCCAUAUGCACCUGAGUAUGAUAUUGCUGGCAUCACGGACCCUUUCCUUCAUAUUAGAUUGGUUAGACUUUUGCGUGUGUUGGGCCAAGGCAAUGCGGAUGCCAGUGACUUGAUGAAUGACAUACUUGCACAGGUGGCAACAAAAACUGAAUCCAAUAAAAAUGCUGGCAAUGCUAUUUUGUAUGAAUGUGUUGAAACUAUCAUGAGCAUUGAAGAUAAUGGUGGCUUACGCGUUCUUGCUAUCAAUAUCUUGGGAAGAUUCUUGUCAAAUCGUGAUAACAAUAUCAGAUAUGUUGCACUAAACAUGCUGAUGAAGGCAAUAACAGUAGAUACUCAAGCAGUGCAGCGACAUCGGGCAACAAUCUUGGAAUGUGUAAAGGAUUCAGAUGCUUCAAUUCGGAAAAGGGCCCUUGAACUUGUGUAUCUUCUAGUAAACGAAAGCAAUGUAAAACCUUUGACAAAAGAGCUGAUUGAAUAUCUGGAAGUAAGUGAUCAGGAAUUCAAGGGAGAUCUUACUGCCAAAAUUUGUUCCAUAAUUGCGAAGUUUUCACCUGAGAAGAUAUGGUACAUUGAUCAGAUGCUCAAGGUUCUCUCGGAGGCUGGAAAUUUUGUGAAAGAUGAAGCCUGGCAUGCUCUUAUUGUUGUGAUAAGCAAUGCUUCUGAUCUCCAUGGAUAUUCUGUAAGGGCAUUAUACAGAGCAUUCCAAACAUCAGCUGAACAGGAAACCCUUGUUCGAGUGGCAGUUUGGUGUAUAGGAGAAUAUGGUGACAUGUUGAUCAAUAAUGUCGCGUUGCUUGAUAUAGAGAAUCCAAUAACUGUAACAGGAUCUGAUGCUGUGGACGUUGUAGAGGUUUCCAUUAAGCGCCAUACAUCAGAUCUCACAACUAAAUCAAUGUCUUUGAUUGCUCUGUUAAAGCUCUCUUCUCGUUUUCCGUCUUGUUCAGAGAGGAUUCGAGAUAUUAUCAUUCAAAACAGAGGAAGUCUUGUGCUUGAAUUGCAGCAGAGAUCCAUCGAAUUCAAUUCUGUUAUUGAGAAGCAUCAGAAUAUUAGGUCUGCUCUGGUUGAAAGGAUGCCUGUUCUAGAUGAGGCAACUUUCAUUGGAAGGAGGGCCGGUUCGUCGCCAGCAAUAGUUCCAACUUCCAAUUCAGCAUCACUUAAUCUCCCCAACGGAGUUGCUAAACCUCCUGCAGCACCUCUUGUAGAUUUACUUGAUCUAAGUUCAGAUGAUGUCCCUGCACCUAGCUCUUCUGGUGGUGGUUUUCUUCAGGAUCUUCUUGGUGGUGUUGAUCUUUUACCAGGAUUAAAUCAAACUGCAAUUUCUGGUACAAAUGAGGCUCCAAGAACUGGCACGGAUAUUCUACUGGAUCUCUUGUCUAUUGAAACAUCGCCCACACAAAGUAGCUCAUCCAUAACUGACAUAUUAUCUAGCAGUCAAGGUGACAAAUCACCAGUUGCAUCAUUGGGAGAAAUUUCAUCCCCACCUUCACUCUCUACACGAGCCACUAGUGCUGGGGCUGAUCCUAUGAUGGAUUUGUUGGGUGGCUUUUCCCCCAAUCCACCAAUGCCUGAAGACAAUGGUCCAGUUUAUCCAUCUAUCGUUGCGUUUGAGAGCAGCUCCUUGAGAAUAACGUUUGACUUCUCUAAGGCACCUGGAAACCCCCAGAAAACAACGAUACUGGCUACUUUUACGAAUAUGUCACAAAGUAUAUAUACAGAUUUUAUUUUCCAGGCAGCAGUUCCGAAGUUUCUUCAACUGCACUUAGAUCCAGCUAGCAGCAAUACUCUCCCUGCAAGUGGUAAUGGAUCCAUAACACAAAAUUUGAGGGUUACUAACAGCCAACAUGGAAAGAAAUCUCUGGUCAUGCGAAUGAGGAUAGCUUAUAAGUUCAACAACGAAGAUAUUUUGGAGGAAGGGCAGAUCAACAAUUUCCCUCGUGGUUUGUGAGGUUGGAUGGGCCUUUCAGUGUGUUAAAGAUUAUGAUGCACAAGCACAUAACUUUCUUGCUGCUUGUGGUAUUAGUGCAAUCUACUGUUUCAAUUGGAGCUGAUUUUGCAUUAGUUUUACAUUUUACGUCCAUUUGUAGGUGUUUUAUGUACAUUAUUUCAUAAUAUUCCAGGAAGGAAUUCUUAAAAUUGAUUUUGCCUUUAGAGGCAGAGAGAGAGAGGAGAGGGAGCUCAUGGAGACAUAUUGAGUACUUGAGGUGUUGUCUUGUAGUUUGAAUAUACUCGCCGAGCUUUAUUCUUUGGCAUCGAAGUCUCUUGACUUUAAACACUGAUAAGCAUACUCCGAAUGCGAUUUUGUGUAAUAUUUCAUCAAUAUAAGUGAAUAGGAGCAAAUUUUACUUUUG